GUUCACAUUCCUAACAUUGAAGUACUGUGGAGUACAAAGGCAUAGACUUGGCCUUAUCUUCCUUUCUCAAAUUCUCUCUCACAUUCAUUCCUUCCUCUCUUUAACACUCUUCUACUGUCUCUCAAGUUUCUUCACCUCCUUCAGUCUCUCAAACCUAAACCUCUCUUCCUCUAAUGGCUACAAAAUCCACUCAAGAACGCUCAGAACCACUUCAAUACCAGACAUGGGUUUUGAAAGUUUCUCUCCACUGUGAAGGUUGCAAGAGGAAAGUCAGGAAAGUUCUACAAAGCAUUGAUGGUGUUUUUACCACAAGCUUUGAUUCACAGCAAAACAAAGUCACAGUCACAGGAAAUGUUGCCGUUGAGACCCUGAUCAAGAAGCUAGUUAAAACAGGCAAACACGCCGAGAUAUGGCCGGAAAAGCUUGCCGGAAAAGGGAAAAAGUCCGGGAAAGCAAAGAACAAGGACAAAGAAAAUGAUCCAGAAAGUGGCAUUCAUUGCAGUGACCAAAAAAAUGAGAACCCAUGUGAGAAAGUUGAGGAAAAGCCUAAAAAGAAUGGAAGUGAAAGUGGCGGGAAGUCGCCGGAAAAGUGUCCCGCCGGUGAGGUGGACCAGACGGCAAGUGAAAGUGAGGUUGGUGGUGGUGAUGGUGUUGCUAGUGGUACUGCUGCAGCCAAAGGUGGUGGUAAAAAGAAGAAAAUGAAAGGGCAAAAAGGUAAUAAUGAGGGUAGUGGUUUGGGUGCACAAUUCCUUGAUACACCUGCAUCCACUGGAUCUCAAAAUCAUGAUUGGGGGAUGAACCAUGCUGUGGGCCCGGUGAAUCUCGGCCCUACACGUCAGCCAUUAUCUCAGUAUGCACCACAAGGGUACCCUCACCUGGUGUAUGUUGCAAGUUACAAUAGGGUACACCCUAGCCCAAGUUUUGGUCCCUCCUAUUAUGUUCCAUCAUCACCAUACACGUAUGCAGGUACCCACCGUGAGAUGAAUCCAGUGCAUGCAACACCGUUCGAUUCCUUUGAGAUUUUCAGUGAUGAAAAUGCCAAUGGGUGCUCCAUCAUGUGAUGAAUGAUGAUCAGCCUAGCCUUUCUUUUUGGGACUCCUUUUGUUAGGGACAGAGUUUAUUAGAGUGCAGGGUAGGGGGCAUUUGUUAAUGGCUUAUUACUAUGGGUGUUUGAUGUAUUUUGUAGCAUUCAACUCUAGUUUGUUUAGUCUUUGUAACUUGUGCUUAGGGCUAGUUUGUUGACUUAUUGUAAUAUGAAAGCUGAAAUCUCCUGGAUUUGAGUAACCACA